CUCCUGCCGGUGUCCCGUUUACAAGUUUAAAGCUUUUACAGUAGGACGGACGCGAGUGCUCUUCACAAAUAUUGAUUAUAGGUCGUUUGAAAGAUCCCACCGCAAGAAUAACUCCGUACGGUGUUACAGAAUUUGGAACAGUCUUGCAAUUAGAGGAUACUGUACUUAAUACACAGUAAAAACAAAUAUGUUUUUUAUUUUAAAUAAUUGUAUGAUAGGCUUAACGUUUUUAUUUUACUAACAGUUUACUUUAUUUUCCAGCUGCCUAUUUUAUAAUGUCGCGAAGGAGAUAGGUCGACAAAACAUACUGUCGAAUAUCUAUCGGAUUCGUUGUACUAAUAAGUGUUGACAAUGGUCGGAGUGGAGUGAGCCUUUUCGAAGAUAUUUUGCGCUAUCGGUCUGCUGUUCCGUGGUCCGGUCAUGACUCUCGGUAGUGUCUCCGCUACCGGGAGCUCGGCGGAGGGCUGCUUCUGCUCCUGCUGCGGAGUGAAGAUGAUGCCCUACUUCUCCGACAACGGAGUUGUGUCUCAGAACCAGAUCAACCAACUCAUCAGUGAGAGCUUCCUGACGGUGAAGGGCGCCGCUGUCUUCCUGCCUCGGGGAAAUGGCUCCUCCCCUUCCUCGGCACCCCGCAUCAGCCAGCAGUGGAACAAACACACAGGUGACCUCCAGCAGCACCUGCAGGCUAUGUUCACCGUGCUGCGGCCAGAAGACAACAUCCGCCUGGCUGUGCGCCUGGAGAGUGCGUACGCUCAGCCUCAGUGCACGCGUUACAUGGUGGUGGUGUCCACCAAUGGGAGACAGGACACAGAGGAGAGCGUGGUUCUGGGCCUGGACUUUGGCUCCUCAGACAGCUCAUGCACAAUGGGGCUGGUUCUACCCCUGUGGAGCGACACACUGAUCCACUUGGACGGAGACGGGGGCUUCAGUGUGUCCACGGUCAACAGGGUCCAUGUCUUCAAACCGGUCUCUGUCCAGGCCAUGUGGUCCGCCCUGCAGUCGCUCCACAAGGCGUGCGAGGUGGCCCGCUGUCACAACUACUACCCCGGUAGCCUGUUCCUGACCUGGGUCAGCUACUAUCAGAGCCAGGUCUCCUCUGACCAGGUCUGCAUCAACGAGUGGAACGCCAUGCAGGACGUCCAGUCCCACCGCGCCGACUCGCCCAUCCUCUUCACCGAUGUGCCCACAGAGAGGGAGCGCACGGAGAGGUUGAUCAAGACUCGCCUCAGAGAGAUCAUGAUGCAGAAAGACCUGGAGAAUGUCACCUCCAAAGAGAUUCGCACAGAGCUGGAGAUGCAGAUGGUGUGCAACCUUCGGGAGUUCAAGGAGUUUAUUGACAACGAGAUGAUCGUCAUCCUGGGUCAGAUGGACAGCCCCACAGAGAUCUUUGACCAUGUUUACCUGGGCUCUGAGUGGAACGCUUCAAACUUGGAAGAGCUGCAGACCAGCGGUGUGAGGUACAUCCUCAAUGUGACGCGGGAGAUCGACAACUUCUUCCCAGGCGUUUUUGAGUACCACAACAUCCGCGUGUACGACGAGGAGGCCACCAACCUGCUGGAGUACUGGAACGACACCUACAAGUUCAUCACCAAGGCCAGGAAAGCAGGGGCUAAGUGCCUGGUCCACUGUAAGAUGGGUGUGAGUCGCUCGGCCUCCACGGUGAUCGCUUACGCCAUGAAGGAGUACGGCUGGGACCUGGAGAGUGCCUUCGACUACGUCAAGGAGCGCCGCGGUGUCACCAAGCCCAACCCCUCCUUCAUGAAGCAGCUGGAGGAGUACCAGGGUAUCCUGCUGGCCAGUAAACAGAGGCAUAACAAGUUGUGGCGCUCCCACUCGGACAGCUACCUCUCAGAGCGCCACGAGUCUCCGCUGUGUAAGACGGGCCCACCCAGCCACACCCUGGGCCUCUCGGACCCACACAACAACAACAACAAUGGCCCCACGCCCUCCCUGCAACACUUCCUGCUCCAGGCGCUUGGUGCUGCCAAUGACCCCGACAACAAGUCCAAGGGCUCCCACAUCUCAGACACACAGUCGGAGCCCGUCCGACUCACCCGCUCACUCUCCCACUCUCCUGGUCCGCCAGCCUCCAACGGUCUGUGUGACUCCCGGGAGAGACUCUUUUCUCGAGGGCGAGGACCCCGCCAGGACUCCUUCCUCCCACGGGCGGUCACGGUGGUGCCCGAGGAGAGAACGGACAACUCUGCUCUGGCGGGGGUGACCGUGACUGUGCCAAUCACCGCCGUCCCCCAUCCUCCUCCCUCACUGCAUAUCCUCCCUCCUUCUCCCUUCCCCCAGCCACUGGCCAAACCCCUCCAUCUAGGUUUGAGCACACAGUUGUCCAGUCCUGUGCCUAAACAGAAAUCCCAGAGUGUAGAGCUGACCCUGGGUCUGCCUGACCACAGCAGCUCCGAGGUCGUAUCUCAGGACACCCUGGAGUCCAGCGACGACUCGGACACCCUGGGACGCUCCCUGUCAGACCCGCUGAGUGAGAGGGGGGACAGUGUCAGUAUGAUGUCCCCAGGGAUCCCCAUGGCCGUGAGCCCUCUCACCCCAACAACGCCUGGGUCUUUAGGACCCUACGCCAACGAUGACAACAACAACCCCUGCGGCGACACAGACACUAUCCUCGCUAACCCCGUCGGCGUCCCCACGUCCUCCAACCUCGGAACGGACAGCAUCGACUUCUUCAGCGCCCGCGAGAAAUUCCUGGGCCUAUCCCAAGACGGAAAGACCCGGACUCUUUCCGAGCAGAUGGCUCAGCGGACGCCUCAGUCGCGGUGCCCCAGCCAGGAGCUGCAGCCGCUGUCCCCCGAGAACCCUGCUGGAGCACUGCCACCACUGCCAAGCAAAGAGGAAGAGGAGCAGGGAAAGAGUUCCCCCCAUACGGAGGACGGUAGCGACCGAGCCAGUCAAGAAAAAGCCUCGUCACCUCCCCAUCACGACAACGGCGUGUCAGUCCGCCAUAUUGUCACAGAGAUAGAGUCCAUAUCCCACCCGCCGGUGGCGGCGCCCCUCUCCUCCACCCAGCCGGCCCCCCACAGCCCACAGCAGCUGCGCCAAGACGACCGGGACGAGGAGACCCCAUUGACCUCCUCCUACCCACAAUCCCCCUCCACGCCUCCCUCGGAUUGGCCGGCCGGCUCGGUGCGCAGGGCCACCAAACAGCUAGAGCAGAGGCUGAGGCAGGAGCUGGACUUAACUCUCAGCAACAUGUCUACCCAACGCUCCCCUCUCCUCUCCCCCAGUGCAGAGUUCCACCCCACGGGCUCCCCUCUCCACUCCCCCAGUGCAGAGUUCCACCCCACGGGCUCCCCUCUUCACUCCCCCAGUGCAGAGUUCCACCCCACGGGCUCCCCUCUCCACUCCCCCAUUGCAGAGUUCCACCCCACGGGCUCCCUCUCCACUCCCCCAUUGCAGAGUUCCACCCCACGGGCUCCCCUCUCCACUCCCCCAGUGCAGAGUUCCACCCCACGGGCUCCCCUCUCCACUCCCCCAGUGCAGAGUUCCACCCCACGGGCUCCCCUCUCCACUCCCCCAGUGCAGAGUUCCACCCCACGGGCUCCCCUCUCCACUCCCCCAGUGCAGAGUUCCACCCCACGGGCUCCACUCCCCCAGUGCAGAGUUCCACCCCACGGGCUCCACUCUCCACUCCCCAGUGCAGAGUUCCACCCCACGGGCUCCCCUCUCCACUCCCCCAGUGCAGAGUUCCACCCCACGGGCUCCCCUCUCCACUCCCCCAGUGCAGAGUUCCACCCCACGGGCUCCCCUCUCCACUCCCCCAGUGCAGAGUUCCACCCCACGGGCUCCCCUCUCCACUCCCCCAGUGCAGAGUUCCACCCCACGGGCUCCCUCUCCACUCCCCCAGUGCAGAGUUCCACCCCACGGGCUCCCCUCUCCACUCCCCCAGUGCAGAGUCCCACCCACCCCUCCUCGCUCCUACCACAGACUGCCCCAAGCAGCGUAGGCCAACCCCUGCUCCUGAGCAAGGAAGACCUCUGAACGAGGCUUUCACUGUGUCUGCAGAGCCCAAAGGAGAGACUGAGCAGGGAGGGUUUGUCGUCUCAAACAUGGACGUUGCCCCUUCCUUCUCUCACUACCCAGAUGCCUGCCACACCCCUAAGCCCAUCCCAAUCAUUGUGUGCU